CGGAGACACGCGGGCGGCUGCUGCCGGCGGAGAGGGGGCGGAGGCAGGGGCAGCAGGAGCCUCACGCUCUCGGCGGCUCGCGAGACGCUGGUGCAGACGGGACGUUCUGCUGCUACUUUGUAUCCGUUUGCGGUGGUGAAUGUUCCAUUCCCCGAACCCUGCGACAGGUUCUGCUCCCCGCCUCCCUCCCAGAGCAAGACAGCCAAGGGCACGCGGGCCUUGCCGCAGCCCAGCCUGCCAGCGCCUCGGAGGCGUGGCGGGAGCGAGGAGAGCCGGCUGCCUUCGCCCGGCGACCUGCCACGGAGCUGCUGGAGCAUCAGAAGUACUUGCAUCUGCGUGGGUCCUUUUAUCAUGACCUGUGAUCACAUGGCAAUUCAAAGAACACUUCCCCAAGAGACCCAGAAGGCAGGAGCACUGCCUUUGUGACGUGAUUGGAUCACUCCCAGACGACCAGAACUCUCUUUUAAAAUAUUUCGGGUGGAUAAGAUGUGCCAUGGAAUGGUAGCACCAAAGAGCAACACAGCUUCACCACUUGCCUUGACUGGUCAUGGAUUAUUUCUUCCGUUAAUUAUCUUCAGUUCUUUCAUCUUGGAGGGACUGACCUCAGUUUGCCCCCGUCCGCCGGAGCCUGAGAAUGGAGGCUACAAAUGCCAUCCAACUCCUUGCAGUGACCCUCUGACAUCUGACAGUGUCAUAGAGUAUGUAUGUGAUGAAGGCUACAUGCUAAAGGGAGAUUACAAAUACUUGACGUGCAAAAAUGGAGAAUGGAAUCCAGCCAUGCAAAUUAGCUGUAGGCUAAGCCAAGUUUGUCCCCGUCCGCCGGAGCCUGAGAAUGGAGGCUACAAAUGCCAUCCAACUCCUUGCAGUGACCCUCUGACAUCUGACAGUGUCAUAGAGUAUGUAUGUGAUGAAGGCUACAUGCUAAAGGGAGAUUACAAAUACUUGACGUGCAAAAAUGGAGAAUGGAAUCCAGCCAUGCAAAUUAGCUGUAGGCUAAGCCAAGAUAAAGAUUCGCCCCCGACAAUCGGGGUGCCCACCCUCUCCAUAGUGGCCUCCACAGCAAGUUCAGUAGCUCUGAUCCUUCUCUUAGUUGUACUAUUCGUUUUGCUGCAGCCAAAGCUGAAGUCUUUUCAUCACAGCAGACGUGAUCAAGGUGUAUCUGGGGAUCAGGUCUCCAUGAUGGUGGAUGGUGUCCAGGUGGCCUUGCCGUCCUAUGAAGAAGCAGUCUAUGGCAGUGCAGGGAACUGCAUCCCACCCUCGGAUUCACGGGUACAGAUUGUGCUGUCAGAGGGAGCUGGGCAGAGUGGAACAAGUGAGAUGCAGCAGCAGGACCAAGGGGCUCGGGACUGCUUUGUUGGAGAGGACGAGGCCCCAGGACGCUCUGGACUGUGUGAAGCCAGUGGCUCUCAACGCUCUGAAACUGUUCUUGUACACCAGGCCACCACCUCUUCCUGGGUAGCUGGCAUGGCAAGCAGUAGACCUGUGCACAAAGAUGCUCAAGACUCAGAAAGCAGUGACAUACAAAGCCUUUUAUCACUUACUUCCUCGGAGGAAUACACAGACGAUAUUCCGUUGUUGAAGGAAGCAUGAAGCCUGCUGCACUUGUUUAGCCUUCUCCCUCUUGGUUUCCCCUCUUCUUCCUUGGGAUGCAAGCAUUUUGUGCAGCCUUCCCCACCUUCAUGAGCUGGGCCCUGGAUACUUCCAAGCAGAGACCCUUCAGCUGAAGAUCCAGAGGAUUUUGCCAGGUUGUCUCCUCGAUGUGCCAUUCGGGUUGGUGUGGUGUCGGCCUUCCCAUUCCAUCUGCAUUAGGGGCUUGAGUAAUGUAAUGGAUUUGAGCUCCUCCCUCUUCUUCCCUCCCCGUGCCAGAUGUUUGACUGCAGCCUCUGGAGAGCUGCUAUUUACUUGUGCCUUUCUCCUUCUCACACCGGCUUGUCGCAGCUUCUCACAGGCCUUGCUCGCUCUUCAGCAGCCCAGAGAGCAAGGACCAAGAACUGCUUGCUCGUUGGGUGCAGACAUAGUUUAUAUAAAGACCUUUCUUCCAGUAUCCUCUUGAUGACUAGGGCAGGACAGAACUCUCCAAGAGGGCUAAAUCUGGGCUUGGGAGAAGUCCCAAUAUGGGUAAUUUACACUAUCCAUCAGUGCUCAUAGUUUUUAAAGAUAAAGUGGUAUGUUCUGUAACUUAGAUGCAUAUUAACAAUUAGGCAUCACUGACUAUUGUAAAGGCAGAGAAGUCUGACAUCUUUUACAAGAUUUUUUUCUUCCUCCUUUUCAUAUCUUCUUUGUUAUCCCCAUAUUUUCCCCACAAAAUACCAAAUACACCCUUGAUGUCGCAGAGUAACAGUCUCUCUGCAAGAUUCCAUUCCAAAAAAUUCCACCAUCUCGUUCUUUCAUUGACCUCACAAUCCACUCGGUUUUUGUAUCCUGAAGUCUAGGGCUGUGUCUACUCUGGAAAUGUCACCAGUUCCUUCCAGUGCUGGUCUAGCACAGGGGCAGCGGCUGGUGCUAAACUCGAAGAGAAUUUCUACAAAAGGCUAGUUGUAGACAAGACCUAGAAGCAAAAAAACGUACAGUACAACCCUGAUUAUCUGAUCUCCAGUUAACCAAGCCUGUGUUUAACUGCAGGUUAGUCCUGUUCUGCUGACAUGCUGUGCCAUAAUCAUGGUCCACUUUAUCCAAAGGCCUGUUCUUUUGCAAGUGUCGGGUUUCUGACACUUUUUUAAAAUAUCAGUUUUCCUGCAUAACUGCUUGGGUUUGCCUGCCACCAACAACUUUUAACUUGACAUGACAGUAAACAUGGAAGAGUCAUUUAGAAACAUUGUCCCUUACUCCCUCAAUUUUCCAGGAAACGUAAGGGCUUUUUAAUGUGUUCUCUGGAUUCAUUGGCCCUUUUUUAUGUUUAUAGUUUUGUCCGCAGAAAUAUUAACAUUGUCAGCUAAUGCUGGGGUUUGUGGUUAACAUCCCCGAUUACCUGGCAGGAGAUACCAUAAUGCAGGGUACUCAAAUACAGCAUUACACUUUCUAAAUAGUUGCAGCAUGUCUUCAUAACCUUAAAUGGAAAGGGUUGUACUGCUGUUUUAUCCUAAUGGGACCUCUUUGUGCAUUUGGAGCUGCUCCCACAUGUGGGCCUCUUCUUCACAGGGAGGGGGAACAGUAUGUUAGCCAAAACCCCUUCUGAAGAGUGGAGUUGACACAGUUUGGUUGCAUGGCCAUUAUGGAGACAACAGAGCAGUUUUUGAACAGUUACCUGGAGCAGGACCCUCCCCAGUCCAGAGCAUGAGUUUUAAUGACUCUCUUGACAGAACUGUCAGGUUGUCAACCAGCAGUUGCCCCAAAAGGAAGCUAGUAAAUUUUGUAUUUGAAAUGGAGGGAACAAUGAGAUGUGGCUUUACUCAGCAAGUUGUGACUUCUGGGUGAAUACCUCAGCCCCCCCUUCCUCUCCCCUUUAUAAUUGUACUCCCUACCCAGAGCAGUGAUUAUAUCAGAAUACUUAGUGUUAUAUAACAUUUUAAAAUGGAUUAUUGCUGCAGUAACUGAGGUUAGGCUCCAGCCGCAGUGGGCAGGGAUUGGCUGCAGUUAAUGCAUUUGCCUGUUAAUUCCCAGGACAGCUGUAACAGUGGGUGUGUAUACGGAGAACAGCUCUAUUUUCCCCCAUCCUGUGUAUCUCGUAAAUUAAGUUGCAAGAAUUGUUUUAGAGACAAUGUCAAGUUAAAAACAGUAUAUUUUAAACAAACUUCUUUACUUAUUACAAGACCCUCAGUUACAGCAAGAAUUUGAGAAAUCCAACUUUCACUAUCCUUGGUGGUUUUGUUUCUGUCUCAGUUUGGACCAUAAAUAAACAAACCUUUUUCAUUUCCAGCUUAAAGGUGCUGCAGUAUUUGGCUUUCAGACAGUGCAGGCAUAAGUGUAUUAGUUUGUAAACUGUUUCCAUUAGAAUUUAAAAAAACAUCAGCAUGGAAAUAUUUCCACUGUUAGUUUUAAAAUUGUUGUUCUACAAAAUCCCAUGUUUGGAAUAAGUGUCCCUAUAACCUGGUCUCUCACGUCUUAUCAAAGUGAAAAAAUAGAAUGAAUUGCUUUCUAAUUAGCUUAAGGUUCCCUGGUAACCAAAGCUGACCCGCAGCAGCCUGGGUGCAAAGGCCAGGUGCCACACUUUCCGGCUGACAGAAGAGCAUUCUCUGAAUGAAGCUGGAAUUUGAUCCCAGGGCCUGACCUUGCUUUGAACGCUGAAACUGACAGUCAUGCACCUAACAAAGCGCAUAGUGGCUGUGUCCACUAGCCCCCAUUCACAAUAGUGUGGUUAACCACCAGUCUGAGAGAAAUAAACAACAGAAGGGGCCCUUAAUUUUGUUUUAUAGAAUCCCUCAGAGUUUCUUUCCCAGGAGAGAGGGGUGUGGGGCGAGGGAAAAGAUGUGGCUGUAAUCAGCAGAAAUAGACAAUCAAUGUCUCUUUGAUUUUAAGAGGAUAAAACAGCAGUUACUGAUACUGGAGCAUGGCUUUUUGUGGGAGGAUCUAAUUGUACCCUGCUGGCUGGUAAUCUCUGAUGCCCCUAGAUGCUUUGGCGGUUGCAGAAAACCAAUGUGCCACUUUCUUCUGUGGAAACAUCCAUGCAGACUAGAGACAUUAGAUCCGAUGCAAGCAGAAAAAGCUUUUGAGUUCUUGUGUUUCACCUUCCCAAGCAUUCCGCUUUAGAGUUUACUUUCAUAUAAAAUGAGAUUGAAUGAGGAGGGGAAAAAAAACCUGUUUUAAAAGUCCAGCAGAUAAGUUUUCAAAGAAAAAACAACCCUUUUUCAUUACUGAGCAACAUGUGGACCAUUACCUUCAUACCUUUAAAGUCUUCGGGAGACUUGAAGGGGCAGGAAUCCAUUUCUGGGAAGGGGAGAAAACUAGAAAGAUAAAUGAGAUGCUGCACACUCAGAACUCCCAUUUAAGUGAAUGGGAGCAAGAACUGCAGAAUUCAGCCUUAAAAAACCCUUGCUUAUGAGCUCUCCCAUAACUUGAUAGCAUUAAGUUGGAGUGAAGAAUACAACAUUUCUUGCUGGAAUCAUAGACCAGAGUAGUCAAAAGGAGGCUGUCCCCUUAUAGCCUUCCCAGCAUGAUGCAGUUUUGUGUUGUCUUACACAUGCUGUACCCUGAAAUGCUUAACAAGAAUAUUCAAAUGAUUUAAUUAUACAUGAAAAUUAAAAAUAAUGUAAAGGGACCCUGUCAGGAGAAAUUUACAAAACACUGUGUGCAAAAGAAAUUCUUCCAUGAUUUCCUUUCUAUUCCAAUUGAAAAGUUUUUUUUUUCCAAACAAGGAUAUUCCUCUGCCAUGUUUGCAAUCCAACUAUUACAGUACCAGGCUAGUGUGCAAGAUCCAAAAAAGGAAACUGACUACAAAUGAAAGUGAACUGGGUUGGUCUCGUCUCUUAGUGCCCAAAUUAUGAAGUGCAAGUGAAUUAAAAGCAAACUUUAAUCAUGGCAGUGUUGGGAUAAUAUAAAGGGAUUAGUAACAGGUAAGGGAACUUUGAUGAUUUGGUUUUGCUUUUGUUUAUUUAAAUAAAUAAGGGCCUCUCUCCACUGCGGGUGGAAGGAGCAGGGCUCUGCAGCGUUCUUCUCCUUUGUAGGACUGCUGCACAAUUAGAGCUCUGUGACUCUGGGAUGGAGCAGAGCCAGAAGAUUCCCAUCCUUUUAAACCAACAGCAAACUUGCAACAUAAAAUUACACUCUGUGCGCAUCAUCUUACGUACUUCCCCUUGGAAGUGAACUCUCUCUCAGAAUUUCCCCAUUUAACAGUUUGACAACUUAGCAGGAUUUUUAUGCCUCUGGAGGUAUGACUUGCCCUCACAGCGCAUGGAUUAAUUUGGGAGAUGAGAAAUAUUGACAUUAUUCCAGAAGGAAGUACAAGACUCCCCCUAAGUGCAGAGAAUUUGGGUUGAUUUGAAUUGGGAUUCAGUGAGCACAGCAAGUUCUGCUGUAGGACAUAAGCUAGGCUGGGAGAUCAUUGCUGUGAGUACAAAAGACAGAGCACCUAGAAAACUUGCGGUGAGUGAGUAGGAGCUGUUAUUAAAAGCUCCGGCAAGCCCUGUAGGUGGCUUAAACGAUUGGGUGCAAAUGCGUAUCAUUGUGAGCCGAUAAGGAAGGGUUCACUGUGCCUAGAUGAUAAGAUACUAAAAAAACCCAGCGACUCUGCCAUAUAAAAAUGUGAAGACGCAGCAAGAUAGAAAUGUUCAGAUUUCCUUGCUGAUCUGUUUACAACAGGUCAUGUUAAACUAAUUUUUCAAAUUAGUUUUUAUUUUUGGACAGCAAUUGUUUUAUUAAUAUUCUUCACUUCACUCAGCCUGGACAGCAGAACUAGUAUAAUCCGUUUCACUUCCUGGUUCUCAGACACUAGCACAGUAAAUUUCAUCCUGCAAAGAAGGAACUGCCAAUUAAAUUUGAUGAAAACAUUUGUUCACAGAAACUUGUAGUUAAGAAACUUCACUUCUCUCCGUAAAAGGCCUUGGAAGCACAGAAAGGCUGCGUAAGGCUGGCUUCAUUUGAAGGAGUGUUUUUAUAUUGGAAAUGAAUCUUCUGCCAACAUUUCAGAACCUUGUGAAAAAAGCAAAACAAACCCCAAGAAUGAUUGUCCUGCUCUCACCCUUCCCAGGACAAAGCAUGUAAGUCUCCCAGACCUCUCUUCAGAGCUCUGUCCUACAUACUGCUUCUAACUUGGCCUUCUGGGUAACUUUAAGAGGUUACAUGUGGUUGCACCAGAGUGGAUGUGUCUGAAUUAAAUUUAUGCACUUCUAUUUUAACAUACGCUUUUUGCUUCUGCCCAAGGGUGAGCCAAGGAGAGGGGCAAUCUAAUUCUGCUGAAAAGUAAUGCUUUAUUUUUGAUUCUCUACUUUACAUAAGAGUUCAAACCAAACACAAAGCUGAACUGUCUGUGGAGCAGACAGCGUGUGAUGCAGUGGGCACACUGCAGGUAGUUACAGAUAGGGAAGCUUGGUUGCCUUCAAUGCAUUAAUUUGUUUUCUGGUUUUUAUCUGAGUUAUACCACUAUGGAAUUGUUUGCAGAAUGGUACUCCUAGAUGUGGGAUUUUAAAACAAAUUAAACGUAAUUGAUGCUGUGCAGGAUGUCACUCAGUUUUAUUUUUGCUUUAUUUUAUAUAUAUUUUCUGGUCUCCUGUACAUUGCAGUGAGUGUGAAGAUAGUGUUUUAAUAUUUGUACAAAGUUUAAUUUAAUUUUAAUUGUUCUAUGUAUAUAACUGCAUUUCUAAAUUAAAAAAGUUCUUUUGAAGUGAAUG